UCCUCCUAGGGCACCUCCCCUACCUUUGGAAGAAGGACGAGGCCUGUGGCGGCGUGCUCCAGGAUGUGUUUUUGGAGUGGGCUAAGAAGUACGGGCCUGUGGUGCGGGUCAAUGUCUUCCACAAGACCUCUGUCAUUGUCACGAGCCCUGAGUCUGUCAAGAAGUUCCUGAUGUCAACCAAGUACAACAAGGACUCCAAGAUGUACCGCGCCCUCCAGACGGUGUUCGGAGAGAGGCUCUUUGGCCAGGGCUUGUUGUCCGAGUGUGACUACGAGCGGUGGCACAAGCAGCGUAAAGUCAUGGACCCAGCCUUCAGCCGGAGCUCCCUGGUCAGCUUGAUGGAAACAUUCAACGAGAAGGCAGAGCAGCUGGUGGAGAUCCUGGAGGCCAAGGCGGAUGGGCAGACGCCGGUGUCCAUGCAGGACAUGCUGACCUGCGCCACCAUCGACAUCCUGGCCAAGGCAGCCUUCGGGAUGGAGACCAGCAUGCUGCUGGGUGCCCAGAAGCCUCUGUCGCAGGCAGUGAAAGUGAUGCUGGAGGGCAUCAGUGCAUCACGCAACACUCUUGCAAAGUUCCUGCCGGGCUGGAGGAAGCAGCUGCGGGAGAUCCGUGAGAGCAUCCGCCUCCUGCGCCAGGUGGGCAAGGACUGGGUCCAGCGGCGUCGGGAGGCCCUGCAGCGGGGCGAGAGCGUCCCCGCCGACGUGCUCACACAGAUGCUCAAAGCUGAAGAGGGAGCCCAGGACGACGAGGUCCUGCUGGACAACUUUGUCACUUUCUUCAUUGCCGGCCACGAGACUUCCGCCAACCACCUGGCCUUCACGGUGAUGGAGCUGUCCCGCCAGCCCGAGAUCGUGGCAAGGCUGCAGGCUGAGGUGGACGAGGUCAUCGGCUCCAAGAGGCACCUGGACUACGAGGACCUGGGAAGACUGCAGUACCUGUCUCAGGUCCUCAAGGAGUCGCUGAGGCUGUACCCGCCAGCCUGGGGUACCUUCCGCCUGCUGGAGGAGGACACUCUGAUCGACGGUGUCAGAGUACCUGGCAACACUCCGCUGUUGUUCAGCACCUAUGUCAUGGGGCGCAUGGACACCUACUUUGAGGACCCGCUGACUUUCAACCCUGAUCGCUUCAGCCCUGGAGCACCCAAGCCGCGGUUCACCUACUUCCCCUUCUCCCUGGGCCACCGCUCCUGCAUCGGGCAGCAGUUUGCACAGAUGGAGGUGAAGGUGGUCAUGGCCAAGCUGCUGCAGAGGCUGGAGUUCCGUCUGCUGCCCACUCAAGCCCUGUCCCCUCCCUGGCCACCCUCUGCGCUGGCUCCUGCCGGCCCUGUGCUGCCACGACUGCCUACUUCACACCCUCAGCGCCCCUGUCGCCUGUGGCUGCGAGGCCCUCCCUGGUGGCCCACUGAUCCCAGCUGCCGCCGAGGUCCCCGACUCCUGCAGCUGAAGCUCUCCCACCACCCGUGGGCCGGGCCUUCCCUUGUGUCCCCGCGCUACCUCCCACACCACACUGACCGCACGUACCGCGAGUGUCGGCUUUGUGCCCGACACCCUGAGGGCAGGGUCCGCGUGUGCUUUGCCCCCAAGCUCCCGCGGCCGCCGGACCUGGCACAGAGUCAACACCCAAUAAACGUGCUGACCUCAGGUUCUGGCCACGGGAAGGCCACUGUGCAGUCAGGGUGCUGCGGACCUGGCUCUCCUCGGCACCCCAACUCGGGCGCUGGAGGAAAGAUAAUGAGCAGCAGGGCCUGGAUCCCCACCUGGCCUCCCAAACCGGCCAUCCAUCGCCCCAGGCUUCGCACGGUCUUCAGCAUCUUUACAGCUGGCUCCCAGCAAACCCGCAGUGCCCCAAGGAGCCGCGCGGCGGCGCCCGGGAGCAGAGCGCUCAUCCACUGUGGAGCAGGCAGAGAGGGCGGGGCUUUCAGCACCCCCUGGGGACCGUGCCAGCCUCCUGUGGGCGAGGCUGGGGACAGGUUGCUAGCCCUGCGGGGGGGCACCGCGGAGCGGCGCCCCUCCCCUUGCCAGCCUCCUGUGGGCGAGGCUGGGGACAGGUUGCUAGCCCUGCGGGGGACCACCGAGGAGCGGCGAGCCCCUCCCUUCUCCCUUUGCAUUAUGGGCAGCAGUGGCCUGGGCCGAGCAGGUUGCUCACUGCACACCUGGCCACAGGCCGAAGCUCCCGAGUGCAGCCCUGGGUAG